AUGCAUCCCGAACAGCAGAGCUCAACUGAUUGUGUCCUUGCGAAUUGCGAAACUAUCUUCGAUCGACCCGUAACCAUCCUUUGCCAGAAAGAAGCCGCUUUCCCGAAGUAUAUCGCAGUAGCUGCAGGCCUUUCAGAACCCCAACCAGAGUCUGGUCGACGCUUCUCCAUAUUACUCAGUAGCGGUGCCUGUAGCUCUGCAUCGUCGUCGGUAGAAUCACUCUUGUGUCUCAGUGCAAAGCUGCUGCAGCGCUGCUUCACUACGGCUGAUGGCGUGGCGUAUUUGCGGACAGAGAACCUGGACGUCUUGGACGAGGACGGUCCAGGCCAUGUGGAGUCAAACAGCAUGGCAUCCUUCUUAGAUCAACAGCUGAAUACAAACAGGACUCCCGCCCUCUACGGAGACAACCGAGCCGACGUUGGCGAAUACCGCAAUACUCAGCGGCGAAUCUUGACCUCUCCAAAGUCCAUUUCCGUUUCCAGACCUGAGCAUCCCGCCAUUUGA